AUGGCUAAAAAGGGUUGGCCCUACCUCUGGGGACCUGUAGCGGCGGUAGCGGGUAAGAAAGUGGCAGUUGAGGAUGUCGAGGUAGAAGAAGGAAGUCGCACUUCGUUAUCACCUGCCGUUGUUCGUUCUGCCAUGCCCAGACGACCUACGCCAUCAGGAAAGCAGUGGGCGGGCGCGAACGCGGCGGGGUCGUGA